ACCCCCACUACUACACCCGUAGCCCCCGAAGAGCCUCCAGCUCAAGCCCGCCCGUCAGCGGCGGCUCCCGAAACAAAGGCCAUGCUAACACUAAAAAAAAGUAAAAAAAGCCACCACCAAGAGAAAAACUCCCCGAACGCAGCAGGAUAG